AGUUUCUCGAAUUUUAAUCGCAAAUCUCCCCUGUGACCAUCUGCUUCAAAUUUUGUUCUCUGUUUUAUUAAAUACUAUUAAACCCAGAAAAAGCUUUGAUCAAAAUUAAACAAAGGGCCAAAAGACCAAAAGAAGAAUUAAAGAGAAUUCAACAAAGGAGAAAAGGAAAGAGGAAAAGAAAAAGGAAAGGAGAUUGAAACUGUUUGCUUUGUUUCUAUAGAUGCUUGAUUUCUUUGUAGAAUUCAAAGGAAAGGCUUUGGUGCAUAGAAUCUACGAUAUGGGUUUUGGUGGUGAUGCCCUGUGGGGCCUCUCUUUCUGGAAAAAUAAGAUGAGUAUCUUACAUUGAGGUUCUAAUUGCUGGAGUUGGUGCUUGAAGAUCAUUGACUUUGGUGAACAAGGUAUGAAGAGUAAAUUUAGGGUAAAACGGCAAGGGAGAGGCAUAAUUCGUCAAAAUUUAGGAAAGGUAAUGAAGUGCCUCUGCUCUGGAGAGCAAUCAAGGCCAGUAGAUGAAAUGGUACCUUCAUCUGAAUCUCUUGCAACGAAGGAUUAUUCAUUGGGUGGUUAUUCUUCUAAAAAUGGUGAAACCAACCAGAAGCCAGAUACCAGCAAUAUAGAAGAAGCUGAAUUAACUCUCCGUGAAAGUGGCUCUUUGAACUAUGAGGAAGCAAGAGCAUUACUGGGAAGAAUUGAAUAUCAAAAAGGAAACAUAGAAGCUGCUUUACAUGUGUUUGAAGGAAUAGAUAUUGCUGCAUUAACUCCCAAGAUGAAAGUUGCUCUUGCUAGAAAGGAAGAGUCCCGAAAGAGACAUUCACAAUUUUCUACCCCACCAAUGUCUGUACAUGCUGUCAGUUUGUUACUGGAAGCAGUCUUCCUUAAAGCAAAAUCACUGCAACAUCUUGGGAGGUUUAAUGAAGCUGCUCAAUCUUGCAAAGUUAUUCUGGACAUUGUUGAAACUUCAUUACCAGAAGGCUUGCCUGAAAACUUUGCUGCUGACUGUAAAUUGCAGGAGACUCUAAGCAAGGCCGUUGAGUUGCUUCCACAGCUAUGGAAACUUGCUGAUUCUCCACGUGAAGCAAUCAUGUCAUACCGUCGGGCUCUCCUCCAUCAUUGGAGUCUUGAUGCAGAGACAACUGCAAGGAUUCAGAAGGCAUUCGCCAUUUUUCUUCUGUAUAGUGGAGGUGAAGCAAGCCCCCCAGACCUUCGCUCUCAGAUGGACAGUUCAUUUGUACCUAGAAACAAUAUAGAAGAGGCUGUACUUCUAUUAAUGAUAUUACUUAGGAAAGUUUCUCUUAAACGAAUUGAAUGGGAUGAAUCAAUCUUGGAUCACCUCUCUUUUGCUCUCACAGUGUCAGGGGAUUUACGGGCAUUAGCCAGUCAAGUUGAGGAGUUGCCUCCCGGUAUUAUUGAUAAGAGAGAAAUGUACUAUAUGCUAGCUCUUUGCUACCAUGGUGCUGGUGAGGAUUUGGCUGCUCUGAAUCUACUCAGAAAAUUGUUACAUGCUAGAGGGGACCCAAAGUGUGUUCCUGCAUUGCUAAUGGCAUCAAAGGUUUGUGGGACUACCCCUAAACUUGCUGAAGAAGGAAUAAAUUAUUCCCGUAAAGCCCUUGAAAACUUGGAAAGUGGAUGCGACCAAUGGGAAAGUACUGCUAAUUGUUUGUUGGGUGUCUCACUUUCUGCACAUUCUAAAUUAGCAGUUGCUGAUUCUGAAAGGGUCAAGAGACAAUCUGAGGCACUGCAGAUCCUGGAAUCAGCAGGAAAAAUGACAAGGAUGGAAGACUCCCAUAUUGUUUACCAUCUUUGUGUAGAAAAUGCAGAGCAAAGGAAACUAGAUACUGCACUUUACUAUGCAAAGCGCUUCUUGAAACUGGAAAGUGGAGCGAAUAUUAAAGGAUGGUUACUAUUGGCCAGGAUCUUGUCAGCUCAGAAACGAUAUUUGGACGCUGAAGCUGUUAUCUGUGCUGUCUUGGAUCAGAGUGUGAAAUGGGAUCAGGGAGAACUGUUGAGAACUCAUGCUAAACUUCAAAUUGCGCAGGGUCAGUUAAAGAAUGCUAUUAAGACUUAUGCACAGCUUCUUGCGAUCCUUCAAGUUCAGAAUAAGAGCUUUGGUUCUGGGAAGAAGGUACAUAAGGGCAAUGGAAAAUCUGCUAGAAGUUUGGAAUUGGAUGUUUGGCAUGAUCUGGCUUCUGUGUACAUAAACCUUUCACAGUGGCGUGAUGCUGAGAUUUGUCUUUCCAAAUCCAAGGCCAUCAGUUCUUACUCAGCUUCAAGAUAUCAUACCACUGGUCUACUUUAUAGAAAAAAAGGCCUACACAAAGAAGCUCUAAAAGCCUUCCGUGGUGCUCUGGAAAUUGAUCCAGACCAUGCCCCGAGCUUGGUAUCUAUGGCUGUGGUACUCAAACAGCUCGGUAGCCAAUCAAAUGAAGUAAUCAGAGGCUUUCUAAUGGACGCUCUACGGCUUGACAGAAUGAAUCCAUCUGCAUGGCAUAAUCUUGGCUUGCUUUAUAAAUCCGAAGGUAGUGCAUCCUCUUUCCAAGAAGCAGCUGAGUGUUUUGAAGCUGCAGCUUUUCUUGAAGAGUCGGCACCUGUUCAACCUUUCAGGUGACCAACACUUUCAAGAAGUUCUACUCUCUGCAAAUUACACAUUCUUUUGUAUUUUCCCCAAAUAUGUAACUGUAAUACAAGUUUUGUAUACUAUAGCAUACAAUGCAAUAGGAAAUAAAAUGAAAAUUUACUUUAAGGUUCUCUA